UUCUGAGAACCUGAUCAUGAAAACUUACAUGGAUUUUUGAAUUGUGUGAAGAAAUCAUAGCGAUUGAAUUACUUGGGGAAGAAACUAUGGGGGAGAUUGAUACGGAUCCAAUCAAAUCCGUUAGAGCAUCUGUUUCCCAUUUUGGGGAAAAAUGCAACCAGAUCAAAAGUCGAUGUAGCAGCGAUGAUGAAGCAGAGAAGGAGAAAGAUUUUGAAGCUGUUCUACAAGACUUGGCUAACUGCAAGGUUCAACUCGAAGCCAUGGAUGCUGCCCACAAGCAAACCCUUCUUAAGCAAGAUCACCAUGAGGAAGCUGUUGCCGGGAUCUCAACGCUCUUGAAGAGCUCGGAAUUCGAGAAAGAUGUAUUCAUCAAUGAAUGCAAGGAAGCAAGAAUUCGCGUUUCGGAACUCGAAUUCAAGAUCCAAGAAAUGGCUGAAGAGUUGACCGAGUUAAGUUCAACACGAGCUCAACUUCUCAGAGUCGAAAAACAACUUGUGGCUGCCACUGAUGCUAAAUUUGAGGCCAUGAAACAAGCGGAGAUGAUCGAAACGGUUUUGAGCAUGGAGAAAGCCAAAAUGGAAGAGAUGGUUCAUCAUGAAAAUAUGCUCAACGAAACCAUUCUCGAUUUACGACUUUCUUCCAUGGAAUCCGAGAGUUUGAAGGAAGAAGCCGAAAAAGAAAUGAAGUAUGCCCAGGAACAGCUCAUAUCGAAAUCGAUGGCCAUCGAUUCACUGCAAUCUGAGCUUCAAAGAGCUAACGAGUUGCAUAGUUUGGCUGAGGAGGCUGCUGCUGAUUCAAGAAGUGAUCUGAACAGGAUGAAGGAGGAUUAUAAACAUCAAGAAAGGAGGAAUUCAGAUCAAGUACAGUACAUCGAGUUAUUAGAGAGCGAGUUGACUCAGUUGAAGUCGGAACUCAGGGACAAGAAUCAAGAGUUGCAGAUGGCCAUCGGUGAGUUAGAAAAGACGAAAAGUGAAAUGGAAGAGAUGGGCGACAAAGAUAACGAAACACAAGUCGAAAUAGCGUUGUUGAAAGCCGAGCUUCAUAAAGGGCGAUCAAAAACCGCAGCUGCUGAGGUCUCUGAGUUACGAGCCAAAGGCGAAAAGUCCGCUGCUUAUUUUGCUCUUCAACAGAUGGCGAUCGAAACCCAAGAACUGAAAGAAGAAAACCAAAGGUUACAAUCCGGACACGAAGAGAUCGAGUUUCAAGAUUCGAAAUCCGACCCCGAGAUCACGAUUUCAUUGGCGGAAUACGAAAUCUUGGUGAAGAAAAACGAGGAAGCUAAUGAUGAACAAAAUCUGACGCUGAAAAUGGAGUGUUUGAAGAAAGAUUUGGAGAGUGCAAUGGUGAGAGUGAGUGAGCUCAGGACACAAUCAGAACAGGCGGCAACGAGAGCGGAAGUGGCGGAGCAGGCCAAAUCCGCCCUCGAGGAGCAAAUAAAGCAAUGGAAGGAACAGAAGCAGCGGCGGAGGGCGGCUCUGGCGGCCCUCCGGACGGAAUCGAUGUCGAAAUCGAGUCAUGGUUUUGAGUUUGAUGAUAAUUCUAAAACAUACAUGCCAUUAGGCAAGUUUCUCAAAAUGAACUUCUGAAUCAUGCUAUUCAUUCUGUAUCUAAAUAAAUGUACAACAAAAAUUUACCCAUUUAAGUUUUACUUUUUUACAAGACUUCACUUUUGAGUUGGUUUAACG